GUUGAACAUCAGUCGAGAUUGUGAUUCGUAAGAUUACCAAACAGCAAACUGAACUAGAUUUUUUAUUUAAUAAAAUUUAAAUUGUUAAUUAGAAAAAUGAAUAAACUUGCUGUUUUGUUCUUCGCUGCCGCGGUCUGCGUCUGUGUUUCUGCCUUCCCAUCGUCACUUCCAAGUGGCGGCUAUGUGAGAGUUGUAAGGGCAGCAUUGCCCGAUCCCAAUCCUCAUUAUCACAUUCCUCACAGUCAAUACCGUCCUCACAGUUACGGCGGAGACUACUACAGUGGUUACGACAAUUAUGAUUACGGCCACGGUGGUUACAAUCAGGGCUACGAUGGUUACAAUCAGGGAUACGGUGGUUACAAUCAGGGCUACGGUGGUUACGGUAAUAAUUAUUAUCCUUACCAAAAUAAUGGACAUUCUUCUUCUUCUAAUGCUAACUCUGCGGCAUUUAACUCUCCGUGGGGAAGUGGUGCAUUCGCCAGCGCAAAUUCAGCAUCUGGGUAGUUAUUUUUGUUUUCAUAGCUCACUUUAUUCAU